UGGGUGCAAAUGAAGCAUAGUGGAAAGAACAUGCAAGUAGGUGGGUGAAGCUCCUACUGGCGUGUUGUAGAACGUUUUAGGGAACGCCUCCUCUGUGAAGUGCGCCUGUGCACAAACCCAUUCUGUCUGUAUUGAUGUUGCAUGUAAUUGUGUGGAGUAAAGAAUGACAUAGCCUACUGUCGGAACUAAAUUACCUACCUAACUCACAUUCGACUGAAAAUGUAUCAACUACAGUUAUUGCGCGUGUUUUUAAAUGAGCGUUUAACCGCGGCUGCUGUGGAGAUUUUCGGGGCAGUUGAGAAAACGGUAGUGGAGUACCAGGAGGAGAAUGAUCGGCUACGGAGACUGCUGUGGAUCACGCCAGAGAAAAAACUACGUAGAAUAGACUCCCUGCAGCUCUCUCUCGCUGUCUCUGAAGAGGAGGUUCUCCCUGAGCAGCAGCACUGUGAGCCAGAGUGGAGCCCCAGUCUGGGGCAGGAGGACCCCGAGCCCACACAGAUUAAAGAGGAACAGGAGGAAGUCAGGACCAGUCAGAAGGAAGAGCAGCUUCAAGGGCUGGAGGCUGAUAUCGUAGAGUUCCAAUUCACUCCUUCCUGUGUGAAAAGUGAAUGUGAUCAGGAGGACCCACUUUGGUCCUUGACUCUUCCCCAAACCCAGACUGUGGAAAACAAAGAGUGUGACUCUAUACCAGUGGAACUCAAACCUUUUGGCACUGUGACUCACCUAAAUAGUCUCGCCAUUCCCCGUAACCCUCCAGAUAAUGAUAACAAUGCCUCCAGCCACAGCUCAGCCAUAAGCAGAGACCCAGUAGCACUUGACAGCAGCCCACAAUUGGAUUCCAGCCCACCAUUGGAUCCCCACCCACCACUAGAGAAACGUUCUUCCAAACCCAGCAUGACGUCUAGAAAAACUCACCGCUGCUGUGACUGUGGUGAAAUGUUUGCUCCAAAAGCUGACCUGCUGAGUCAUGUAACUCUAAACAAGAAGAGACCCAGGGAAUGCUGCUUCUGCAACACCUGUACACUGAAGGCUCAUGUCCGACUCUGUCACAUGGAGAAACCCUGCACCUGCCCUGAUUGUGGCAAGUCAUUCAAAUACAAAGGAGAUCUGUCCAGGCACAUGAGGAUUCACACAGGAGAGAAAUAUUUUAGCUGUGGUGACUGUGGGAAAAGUUUCAGUCUCAAGGGGAACCUAAUGAAGCAUAAACUGACUCACACAGGAGCAAAACCUUUUAGCUGUGGUGACUGUGGGAAGAGCUUCAAUCGAAAGGAGAACCUAACCAUGCAUAUACGUACUCACACAGGAGAGAAGCCAUUUAGCUGUGUCGACUGUGGGAAAAGCUUCAGUCUCAAGGGGAACCUAAUGAAGCAUAAAAUGACUCACACGGGAGCAAAACCAUUUAGCUGUGGUGACUGUGGGAAGAGCUUCUCUGUCAAGGGGAACCUGACCACACACAAGCUGACUCACACAGGGGAAAAACCAUUUACCUGUGGUGACUGUGGGAAGAGAUUCACUCCUAAGGCUUAUCUGCUGAAGCACGUCCACAAAGAAAGAAAAUAUGAAGAAAACUGAAAGAAAAAUAUGAAAAACAUGAUCCUAAAUAUAACACGUCAAUUUAGUGAAUACCAUUGGUGUUUAAAUUGAAGCUUUCAGCAUGAAAUAUCUUUUAUCUUUUGACUUUUAUUUAUCUUACUAUGUCUUUGUUUUAAAUGUUUUAGUGCAGUUGUGAAAAAAGUCAAUAGUUGGAAGAGUUGCAAAGGGAAUUGAAAAUAAUGCCAUUGUUAAUUAAUACUUUUUUUGGUAUUAAUUAGGCUAUUUUCUCUUGAAACAUAUGGUCUCUACUAGAAACUCAUGAACAAUAUGGACACAGAUAUAAAAAAAGUUAUACUUUAUAUUAUUAGAAAUUUUAAGUUAUUCAAAGUCAAAUUUAUUCAAGUAUAAAUUACCAUAGAUUGCCAUAGAUUACCUGUUUAAUUACCAAAAAUGAUGGUAACACUGGUAAUUUACCAGUAGUUUUACAACCCUAGGCCAGACUGCUGUUAUUGAUACAUUAAAUAUAUGCUUUCCAGAAAAGGGCUCCUUCCAUUUGUCCAAGACUAUUUCUCAUCCAUUUUGACCUAAUGCUGCUCAUUCAUGAUAUUGUUUAAUCUUGUACAGAGUAAUGAUAUAGAGUUGAAUAAUUGAUUCUCCCAGAUCAUCCUAUUGUCACGCCCUGGUCGAAGUAUUUUGUGUUUAUCUUUAUUUAUUUGGUCAGGCCAGGGUGUGGCAUGGGUUUUUGUAU